AGCAAAGUGCUUUUUCGUAUUCAGCACACUUGAUAACCUGGAAAAUUUUCUAUUUUUAGCGAGGGGUACCGUCAAAAAGUUAAGAAAAAUUUUUAAAAUUGUUUAAUUUUACCAUGGGGAUUUUUCUGCGUCAAUUUGUUUGAAAAUUUUUCUUAACUUUUUGACGGUACCCUUCGCUAAAAAUAGAAAAUUUUCCAGGUUAUCAAGUGUGCUGAAUACGAAAAAGCACUUUUCUUUAACUCUAAACAAACUUUAAUUUUUUCUUAUCGGUGAUAUGAGUUUUACGAGCCCCGUUGGCGGACUUUUGAUUGGGGCUCGUAAAAAUUUUGUUGUACAUGACGACCGCGAUAUUCUGCGAAAGCGGAAAAUAUCACAUUUUGUUCAGCUCACUUUUCUCUACAAGACUAGAUGUAAACAAUUCCUUAGUUUUCUUUUGUUCGAACGCCAAGAGACUCGCAAAACAACAAAAAUCGCGACGAAAUCACGCGUUACGUGGACAGGCCGUUUUCAUGCUUUCCAUACUUUUCAAAUACCUGUUUUAGCUUUCAUACUUUUCAUCUGCCUUUCUUAGCUGUCAUGCUUUUCAUCGCUUUCAUACAUUUUAACCGUUUCACAGUUUUCACGAUUUCACAAUUAAUCAACCGCGUUGAAACAAACCAACAAUUGAGUGCAGAAGAAAUUGCAAAAAAAAACCAAGAAGACAAUAAACAACUUCAUCGCUAAACCAUCAAAGCACUGCUUAUUAGACUCAUUUUUGUCCUAACUUCGCACAUUUCUUCUUACACUUCACAUGCUUUUUAUUGUUAAAACCUCAGCGCUGGUCAUUGACAAAGGUACGGCAAGUAGAAAAACAUACUGACAUUGAAUACCUAAAUACGCGUCGAGUGUCAGGAUCAGCCCACUUUUAGCUUACACUUACACCAUAACAAUAUAUUUCUGCAGUACAUUUCAUCGUACACAUUUUUUGUGUAUUCUAACAGCUCUGCUAAUACUACUAUCUAGAUAUGCACUGAGCUUCUAGUAUACCCGCAAACUCGAACCGAGCUACGCGAGGUUCAAGCUGCCCGAACUUUGAACUAUCCCAGUUCAAGCUAUCCGAAAAUUUAAAACUACAAAAUUGGUUUCUUGUUUAUAAAUGUAGAUUUACAUUCUUAUAUUUUAGUUAAAUGAACUUUUUUAUAUUCUUUUACAAGUUCGGAGUAUUGUCAGUCUAACCAAUUUCUUAUCGUUUUUGAAAUCAAGACUUUGCUUGCAUCAAUAUUAACAAAAUACUUUACAAAAUAUACAAUUGGUCAUCACGGACACAACCUGAUCUGUCAACAUACAUUUCGUAGGUAAUAUUUUUACUUAAAGUGCUUUCACUUUUCAGCUUUCCAUCAUCUGGCACAACCUUAAUUCCAAUAGCUAUGCCGAAAUUUGAAACUAAGUCAACGAAAGCACGUUUAGCACAUUUAUUUGAUGAAGAGGAAGAUGAUAGUGAUGAGUAA